AUGAGGCCGAAGGACGGCCCCAAGAGACGGCCCAAAGGCGGCACGGACGCCUUUGCGGGCCUCCGCGCCGCCCCAGGCGCCCCGGACAACGACGCAGGCGCUGCAAACCUGCUGGUCCUCGGCCUGCCCGCCACCCCGCUUGACGACCCGCGAGCUGCAGCCUGGGCGAGCAGCGACGAGCACCUGGUCCCCUGCGGCGCGGAGCGCGUGGACCGCUUUGAUGGGAGGCUGCUGCUCGACGAAGUGUCGCGCUGGGAGCGCCCCUACCCCACCGAGGGCGCCGCCGCGCCGCCGCCGCCGUCGCGGCCGGGCGGGGCGGCGGAGGGCGCCCUUGACGCGGAGCGCUACCGCGAUCUGGACCCUGCUAAGGAGGGCUCGCUGAUGUUAUCCGGGCCGCAGGCGCCCCUGUGGCGCGGCGCGCUGGAGGGUGGGGACGGCGGCAGCGGCGGUGACGCGGGCAGCGGCGGCAGCGACAGCAGCGGCAGCGGCGGCAGCGGCGGCAGCGGCGGCAGCAGCGACGCCGAGGCCGACGCCGGCGGCGGCUCCCAUGCACACGCCGGUCCCACGUUUGCGUUUGACUACUCAGCUGAGCGUCCGCCGACACUGCAAAACCAGCAUGUAGCUCGCCAGAAGUCUGAGCAGGACCCGGAUGACUCGGCGUCGGCAACAGCCACUGCCGCGGCCGCUGCCGCCGCUAUGCCGCCACCCCGGCGGGAGCAGGCGGGGGGCCAUGCCGGCCACGGCGAGGCCCCUGCCGCGGGCGCUUCUGCUGCCGCCGCCGCCGGCGCGGUGGAGGGCGGCGGGGCGGAGGAGGAGCCCUUUGAGCCGCCCUUUGAGGUGCCGCCCCACCUGGCCGGUCGCCUGCCGGCCACGAGGCGCGAGCACCGGCUCGUGGCGCAGACGGCGGCGUUCGUGCGCCAAAACGGGGAGCAGGCUGCCGUGGUGAUGCGGGCACGCAUGGCGGGCAACCCCGCGUUUGGGUUCCUCUACCCACACGGCCGCUUGCACGCGUACUACACUUGGCUGCGGCAGCAAGACGCAACGCCACAGGCCCUUGCUGCUGCGGACGCUGCGCCGCACACGCCCGCUUCCACGGCACGAGGGGCCACUGCCGGCGGCGGCGGCGGCAGCGGCGGCGGCGUGGGGCCCCUAGGCACGCCGCAAGCCAGCCGCGCGCAAGCGGGGCUGGCUGCGGCGCUGGGCUCCCUUCUGAAGCCCCCUCCAGGCCCUCCCCCGGCGCCGCCCCCAGCCGCAGCCGCGGCCGCUGCCGCUGGCAGCGGUAGCGGCGAGGGCGGCGCGUCCGGCUUGCCGCCUGGCAGUGGCACCGACGGCGGUGGCGGCGGCGACGCGGGCCCGGACGCGCUGGCGCUGCUGAGGUCUUACAGUGUCCUCAGCGAGGCGUCAUCAGACGAUGGCGGCACGCCCAGAUUGUACGGGCCAGAGCCGGCGCAUGGGCCUGUGUUUGGGCUCGAGGGGCGGCCCGCGGAGGGGCUUGAGGAGGAUGGCGCCCCUGAACCCCAGCAGCAGGAGCAGGAACAGGAGGAGCAGCAGCAGCAGCAGCAGCAGCAGCAGCAGCAGCAGGAACAGCAGGACGAUGCAGAGCAGGAACAGGACGUGGCGCCACAGCAGGGAGGCGCGCCCUCGGGCGCAGGGCCAGAGGCGGCGGACGCGCGCGGCGGCACUGGUCCGGCGGCGGGUGCUGAGGUGGCGCUGGCUGCGGCGGAGGCUGCUGGGCCGCCGGCGCGAGAGCCCCCACACGACGUGAGGGCCGUCAUCGAGAAGCUGGUCCUCUUUGUCAGCCGCAACGGGACGCGCUUUGAGGCGACGGUCCGCGAGCGCGAGCACGGCAACCCGCGGUUCGCGUUCAUGCUGCCCGGCAACGAGCACCACGGAUACUACAGGGCGCGCCUCGCCGGCGCCCUGGGGGCCGCCGCCGCCGCCGCGGCCCUGGCACCCGCCGGCGGGCCCCCACAGGCCGACCGCGGCGCCGGCGAGGCACGCGGCGAGGAGACGCGCGCCGCGGCGAAAGUGCAGCCCCUCGAACAGCAGGCUGACGUCGCUGCGCCGCUGCCGGAUGGGGGCCCCGCAGUCGACUCAGCGGCCACGCCCCCGCCAGAGAAGCAUGCCGCCGCCGCGGCUGCGCCCGCCCCGCAGCGGGCGCCAAUAUUUUCAGGGGCCGCCGCCGAAGGCGUUGUGGUGCGCGCCAACCCAGCGAUCGCAGGGGCGAUGGUGCUGCGCGCCUGCAAGGCCGCGGCGGCAGCUGCCGCCGCGCUGUCGGCGGGCGGCGGAGAAGCCGCAGCUGCGGCGGCGGCAGCUGCGGCGGCAGCUCAGUUGGAAGAAGGGCAGCAGGAGCAGCAGCAGCAGCAGCAGCAGCAGCAGCAGCAGGAGCAACAAGCAGGCGCCGAGGGCGAGGACGGGGCUGGGGCGGCAGCCCAGCAGGCAGCUGCGGAGCAGCUACGGUUGGCGGAACAGGAGCUUGCGCUGGCGCGCAAGCGCGCAGAGCGGCGCGAGCGGGCCCGCGCUUUGGUCGCGGCGCGCCAGGCCGAGGAGCGGGCAGCUGCCGAGCGCCUGCAGCGCGAGCAGGCGGCGGAACGCGCUCGUGCGCUAGCGCGCCACAGGGCGCUGAUGAUGUCUGCGGAGGACGAUGAGAGUGGCGGCGCAGAGAAACAGCCAUUUGGGCCCCUGGCAGCGGCUGCGGAGGACGCCCCAGGCGCUGCUGCCGCAGCCGGUGGUGCCGCAACAGCAGGGGCCGACGGCGAUGGCCGCGGCGCCUGCCUCUGA